AUGUCGAGCAAAAUCAACGUAGCAGUCAUCGGUGGUUUGGGGAACUUGGGCAGAGAGAUCGCCCUUGCAUCAAUCGAGCGUGGUCAUUCUGUCCGUGUCCUGACCCGUUCCGCAACUGUCUCUGAUGCCGCUGCGGUCGAAGCGCUCGAGAAAGCAGGCGCGGUGAUCAUCAAGGUCGACUAUGAUACGGAAGAGUCGGUCUUGAGGGCAUUUGAUGGAAUUGAUACUGUGGUGACCCUGGCGCCUGCCUUCACUCUGGAUGCAAUCGACGGGCAGAAGCGAUGGAUUCAAUUGGCAAUCAAAGCUGGCGUGAAGCGGUGGGUUCCUAACGAGUUCGGUACUGCCCCCACAUCUUCGCUCACCCAAUCCCCAAUCUUCGGCCUCCGCACCUCACUCCGCCAAUACCUCAUCGAGCACCAAAGCCUGAUCUCCCACACGUUCUUCUACUGCGGUUACUUUACGGAAUAUAUCACUCACCGCUCCGGCUUCGGAAUUAAUCUCGACGCAAAGACAGCGGAUCUGGAAGGUGAAGGCAUUGCGCCGGUGUCCUGGACGUCGAGGAGGGAUGUUGGAAAGUUUGUUGCAUCGGCAUUGGGAAGGGAUGAGAGUAAGAAUGCUGAGGUGAGGAUUUGUGGGGAUGUGAAGUCCUUGGGCGAGGUGGUGGAGAUGUUCGAGAGAGAAAUGGAGACCAACUUCGCGGUCACUAAACAUACGCUUGAAGAAUCCGAAACGCGCCAUGCCGAAAAGAAGUGUUCCAUCUUUGCACUUAUCAUCGCGAAGGGGGGCGCGUAUGUAGGUCGCGGCGGGAAGUAUGUUGAACCGGCGGAACACGAUUUACGGGGCGAUCUGAAUUUGGAUAAUCAUGUAUAUCAGGAUUGGGAGACUUGGAAGGUCGAGGAUGGAGUUAGGGAUUAUGUUGACAAGAAGAAGGAAGGUCAGGAAGUCAAAGUUAGCAUGGAAGGUGGACGGUGA